GCGUGACGUCACUGCACAUGUCCAGCUACCAGUGGCUGCUGGCGCCGCACCAAUAGGAAAGGGCAAGAAACGUCACGUGGCGGCUGCUGUGCGCGGAGCAUGCUGGGAGGCUGUGCAGCCAAUAACCUAGGCGGUGUUAUUAUUAGGCUUGUGCAGUUCCGUUGGAAUCGGGCUCAUGCUUCAACCUUCCGUGAGCGGGCGGAAAGUGACACGUGGGCGGGCUCCAGUGGUGUGUGAAGAGAGGGCUCUCUUUGUUCAGCAGAGAAGUGCUCAGUUAUGGAUACGUCACGCCGAUUGUUUCUGACCGUCUAUGGGAUCCUGUGGCCUGUCCUGUUAUUUGCACAGCCUGGUGUCUCAAAGCAGCAGCCCUGCCAAACCUGCCAGAAUCUGGUCAACAAUGUUAUGAAGGGUAUAGAGAAGACGGCUGGACUCAACUUUGGAGGGGGAAACACAGCCUGGGAAGAGAAGAAGCUCUCAAAAUAUGAGAUCAGUGAGACCCGACUUGUAGAGGUGACAGAAACUGCCUGUGACAAGUCUGAUUUCGACUGUAACAAAAUGCUGGAGCACAAUGAGGAGCAUCUGGAGACCUGGUGGUUUAAGAAACAGAAGGAACAUCCGGACCUCUUCCAGUGGCUGUGUAUGGACACACUGCGGCUCUGCUGUCCAAAAGGCAGAUUUGGUUCUGAUUGUCUCUCUUGCCCCGGGGGGACAGAGAAACCAUGCAGUGGAUAUGGGGAAUGCAACGGUGAUGGAACCAGAUUUGGCACUGGGAUGUGCGACUGUUACCCUAGCUACGGUGGCCCAGUCUGCAUGGAUUGUGCAGUUGGCUAUUAUGAAGCAGCCCGUAAUGAGAGCCACCUGGUAUGUUCUGAAUGUUACAGAGCUUGUAGCAAGUGCUUUGGGCCAGGGGAAGAUCAGUGUGUACUGUGCAAGAAGGGCUGGCUGCUGCAUGAUAGGAAGUGCAUUGAUAUUGAUGAAUGUGGUACUGAAAAGGAUCAUUGCAAGUCCAACCAGUUCUGCUUCAAUACAGAAGGAUCCUACGAAUGUCGAGAAUGUGACAAGUCCUGCAUUGGUUGCAUGGGAAGUGGACCAGCUCGCUGUAAGAAAUGCAACAAAGGCUACUACAGGGAUGGAGUCAAGUGUCUGGAUGUGGACGAGUGUGACAAUGAGUUGCCCAAAUGCAAAGGCUCACAUGAAGAAUGUGUGAACACUGAAGGGAGCUUCACUUGUGUUUGUGAGAAAGAUCACUCCAGGAUUGAUGGAAUGUGCAGACCGGACAGUUAUGACAAGAAUGCAGAGAAGGGCCUGUUUGAGGACAUUACAGACGAUGAGGUGGUGGUCUUGCAGCAGAUGUUUUUUGGGGUGGUGAUUUGCGCCUUGGCGACCCUGGCGGCUAAAGGGGACAUGGUCUUCACUGCUAUCUUUAUCGGCGCUCUGGCAGCAAUGGGCGGAUACUGGUUUUCGGAAAAAGGCGACCGAGUACUUGAAAGCUUUAUGAAGGGGAGAUAGCUUCCCUUUUGGAUGGCGCACGCAAGUUUUUGCCAUUGUUGUAAAACUUCAAGGCCCCAGUGGAAACUGAUUCUUCCUCAUAAUUUCAGGGAAAAACUUCCAAGCAGGGUGGAGUGUUUUUAUUCUGCAAAACUGAGCAAUCUGUAUCUCAAGCUAAAACCCUCUUGCGCUCCACUUGCUACUCCAGAAGCACAGAUGGUGGGAAAUAAAGGGAUUUUAAUGUGGAUGAAAAUUGUGUCCCAAACUUUCACCAUUUUUAUAAUUUGACCCAUUCGACAUUGGUGGUGACUCUUCACGGUGGCAGCAGAUGA